UAUACCCUGUGCUCCAUGUGGAGCCUUUGCUUUAAGGGUCUUGCCACUAAUACAGACUUACAAUGCCCAUCCCUGUCCUUGGCUGCUUCUGAUGGCAUCCUGCAGCUGGUACCUGGCCCUUGGCCUCCUGCCUCAUCUUCUUACCUGGGACAGUCAUCAAGCAACCAUCCUCAGGUUUUGGGAUUUGAAAUCGAUUCGGUGAACUCGGUCCAGUUUUCAAACCACACAGGCUACGCCCACUGGAAGGGCCAGGUGCUGAACUCAGAUGAGCUCCAUGAGCUGUAUGAGGGUCUGAAGCUGAACGGCGUGAACAAGUAUGAUUACGUGCUCACAGGUUACACGAGGGACAAGUCGUUCCUGGCCAUGGUGGUGGACAUCGUGCGGGAGUUGAAGCAACAGAACUCCAGGCUGGUGUACGUGUGUGACCCAGUCAUGGGUGACAAGAGGAAUGGCGAGGGCUCCAUGUACGUUCCAGAGGAUCUCCUUCCAGUUUACAAAGAAAAAGUGGUGCCGGUUGCUGACAUCAUAACUCCCAACCAGUUUGAGGCUGAGUUACUGAGUGGCAGAAAGAUCCACAGCCAGGAAGAAGCAUUAGCGGUAAUGGAUGUGCUGCAUUCCAUGGGCCCAGACACAGUGGUUAUCACCAGCUCCGACCUGCCUUCCUCAAGGGGCAGCGACUACCUGAUCGCACUGGGGAGCCAGAGGACGAGGAGGCCCGACGGCUCCAUGGUGACAGAGCGCAUCCGGAUGGAGAUGCGCAAGGUAGAUGCUGUCUUCGUGGGCACCGGGGACCUCUUUGCUGCCAUGCUUCUGGCCUGGACACACAAGCAUCCCAACAAUCUCAAGGUGGCCUGUGAGAAGACUGUGUCAGCCAUGCACCACGUUCUGCAGAGGACCAUCCAGUGUGCGAAAGCCCAGGCUGGGCAAGGUCUGAAGCCCAGUCCAGCCCAGCUGGAGCUGAGGAUGGUCCAGAGCAAAAAGGACAUCGAGGACCCUGAGAUUGUUGUCCAAGCCACCGUGCUGUGAAGGCCACCACCAAUGACCACAACGCACAGUGUGUUGGUGUCUCCAUUAUCGUCCCUGUGAAAAAAAUGUAACGUCUGCCUUAGAGCUGCGAUUGUGAUUCGAUAUUCUUUUCUUUCCUGAGUGUUGGCAUCAACUGAUCUUACUUGUGAAAACGUGCCAGUUGUGCUUUUUAAAUAUAACCAAGUGAUCACAGAAAUUUGUGAUUAGAAACCCCGGCUCCCCUCCCUCCAAGGCCCCUGCGCUCCUGAGAGCUGAGCUUGAUGUUUUUAGGCUUGGGGGUGUCCUAGGUGGGGACAUGGCAGUGGGUAAGGGCAGGGCCACUGGCUGCUGCUGCUGCACGGAAUGCCAGUCCCCUGGGCCAGGUUAACCUCUGUGUGUCUGUAUCUCUGAAAACAAGUUGUGUUUUGAAAGAAUCGUGCCAAAUAUCUCAUCAUUCUGUUCUUACCCUCUUUGUUUGCACAUCAGGAUGCUUGUUUCUUAAUUUGCUGCUCGUGGGUCCCUGGAGAUUUCAGACUUUACCACUGCUGUGUAGCCUAGCCGUGUGGGAAGGUUCGCUCUCUGCUCAGACCCACACAGGCUCUGCAGUCCUGUCAAGAGGGCCCAGCGAAUUCAAGCCAGUCCGCAGACCUUUUGAGUCUCAGCGGGACUCCCACAGCCUGAGCACCUUCUAGAAUGUGUUGAGUGCCUGAAGGAUGCUGGUAAACAAGAUUGCUGUGAGCGGGGUCAGCUUGUGAGUUCUGGGGAGGUUACCAGCUAUGCCCCUUGUGGAAACACCUAAUCCAGGUCCCAUGGGAUAAGCACCGCACAGUUCCCACAGUGUCCGUGUGCAGACUGCCUGUGGGUGGCAAGUUUGACCCUCGGCCCUUGCCUGCCCCUGUACUAGGUUCUGCAUUCCGUGCCAGCUACAGGUCCUAGAGGGAAGGGGCAGCAUAGAGGGUGGGGGCAGCUCUCUGACCCACCAGAGGGUGCUGGAUGGUCAAGGCACACUGCUGGCUCCGACAAAGGUUCAGCUGGCCACUGCUCAGGUAAUCUCCUGGCACCACUUUUCCCAGCUGGGGGUCCCCCAGGUGUGUCUACUGCAGGAGCACCUGUCCAGCCUGCCCGGAUCUCAGCACCCUGCUCCCAUUUCUGUGCCCUAGUUCUGGGUGGGGGGUGGUUGCAGAAAUUUGCAUCUCCUGGGAACACACAGCCUAGAGAGGCAUGGGGAGAAAGUUGCAGGAAGGGGGGACCCAGUUCGACCCUGAGAAAGCAGACUCUCCAAUGGUACUCUGCUCUAGCCCUGUAGGCAGACCCCUUCCAGGGCAUUUUUACUGCAGCUGCAGAGUCUUCCAGAAGACGCACCUACUGGGAGUACGUCUUCAGUUUGCUGGUAAUGCCCUAAAACAGGGAUGCUGGUCCAGGCGAAAUUCCUGCACCACGCCACUUCUCAUUCUUCCCAGUGGGGCUGCCACCACAAGCAUACUAACUUACAUGGCAGUAGUCCCCACAGCCCCGGGAGUUGUGCAGUGCCUGGUGGGGAGGCCACCUCCCCCGUGGGCAAGUGUAGGCAUCUACUGGCUCACCCAGGAUCCUGGGCCUGCAGAGGGCCUCUAACAGAAAAUGCUGUCACUGCCACAUAGGGACCAAGGAUAACCCCACGUUGCCAGCAGUAAGGAGAUCUUCCCUUUUCUUUUUCUUUUUGACUGGGGAAAGGCCCUAGAUGUAUCUCUCUUCCAUGGAUGGUGGAAAACACACCCUGAAAUAUAGCAUGGUGUUGGGGCUCACUCUGUGUAGAGGUGGACGUGAGGGACGAUGUCCUCUGGCUGGAGCCGUGGGGUUCUCUGCUAAAUUUCACCCCAGAGGCUUCGUCCACACGUUAGGUCUAGUUCUGUUAUUUCCCUCUUUUAUUUCCAGAAUGAUGAGAAUUUUCCACCCACAAAAACUUGCUGUAAAACUGUGAACUCUCUGGCACAAUCCAGAACAUUCUCUUCUGUCUUCUUUGGCUGGACAGCCCAGAUGACAAGAGAGGUUGUGAUUUGAGCUAGGUGAACAAGCAGGAGGAAAUUGGGUUUCUGAGAGCUGGAGGCCAAGUCUUGGUUCUUGGCGGAGUGUGGACUUGUGUAGAAAUAAUGUUCCCUCCUGUGGGAAAAUGUUUGACCUCGCACUGUGCAAGCGGGUGUGCUGUGUCACCAGCUGCUGGGCGCCCUGCUUCUUGGCUCAUUUCCACGUGGACAUGGUCAGUCUCCUGCAACACGAGCAGAGGCCCUAGGGGGUCUUGAUUUCCAGUCCCCUGAUCGAGAAGCUGCCCGUGGCCUUUGGCAGUGGUUUCAUUUUUUAGAGUCACCAUGUCACCAUCCUCCCGCUCCACCUCCUGAGUAGGUGGGACCACAGGCAUGCCCCAGUGUGCCUGGCUUUGGCCGUGGUUUUGGACCCAAACUGGAAUCAAUUUUUUUUUGACUGUCUAUAGUUUAGUAAUAUGUGAAAUAAUAAUAAUUUAUUUUAAGAUGAGAGCUGUAUUGGUCAAGAAUUGCCUGCUUAUUAUCAGGGUACAAGAUUUUAAUACUUUCUUAAUCCAGGUUUUUAGGCCUUCUCCUGUAGACUUUGAGAAUAAAUUAUAAAAUAUGAUUUUUAAAAUCAAUUUGAAAUCAUUGCCUAGUCCUGCUAAGGUAAUUGUGUGCAUCUAUGUUCUAUAUAUAAUACAGUACAAUACAUAUAUGUAAACAAUUGUAAAAAUGAAGCUUUGUUUUAUGUCUUGUUCUUAAAUUUGUUAACAUCAAUUUUUAAAACAUUUCAUUUUACCAUGAACCAAGCCAGGUUUGGCUUAACUGCA